CCUCCUCCUCCUUGUUGGUAGAAAGGUCUUUUCCCUCCCCCCCCCACCCGCUGCCCCAACCAAGCCAUGCUGACCGCGGCUUGGUUGGUCAAAGGCAGCGCCUGGGGGUGGGGUCUUCUGCGAAGCGCGAGCCCAGGACGGUGUUUGGGAACCACCGUAGCAGCCGCCGCGAGGAGCCGAAAAGGCGGCGGGCGCUGGAGCUACCCUCAAGCUGCGCUCGCGGCCUCCUCGAGCGGCCUCGCGGCGGCUCGCUCCCCGUCCUUCCCGGGCACAGGGCGACGUCAGCUACUGCGCGUGCGCCCGCCCAGCCCCGAGCGUCUAGGCACUGCGGCGUGGGCGCCCCCUUUCGGCUGCUCCUCCGGCGGACACGGGCAGCCUCACUCCUCGCGUGCCGGCUGUGGGGGAGCGUCGCAGCGCGCGGCGGAGUCUUCGGAACGACCAGAUGCUGGAAAAGCAGAGAGCCGCGGAUACGCUGAACUGUAUGAAAACCCUUGGACUGUCCCUAAUCUACUUUCAAUGGCAAGGAUUGGUCUGGCACCUAUUUUGGGCUAUUUGAUUAUUGAAGAAGAUUUUAAUGUUGCACUGGGUGUAUUUGCUCUGGCUGGAAUAACAGAUUUGUUGGAUGGCUUUAUUGCACGAAACUGGGCCAACCAAAAAUCUGCUUUAGGAAGUGCCUUGGACCCUCUGGCUGAUAAAAUUCUUAUCAGUAUCCUAUAUAUUAGCCUGACUUGUGCAAAUCUUAUUCCAGUUCCUCUUACAACAAUGAUAAUUCUAAGGGACAUUGCAUUAAUUGUUGCUGUUUUCUAUGUUCGAUACAAAACUCUUCCUCCACCAAGGACAUUAAGUAGAUAUUUCAAUCCAUGUUACGCCACUGCUCAGUUAAAGCCAACAUUCAUCAGCAAGGUGAAUACAGUAGUACAGCUCAUCUUAGUAGCAGCUUCUUUAGCCGCUCCAGUUUUCAAUUAUGUGGACAGUGUGUAUCUUCAGACUUUAUGGUGCAUCACAGCUUUCACAACAACGGCAUCUGCAUAUAGUUACUAUCAUUAUGGUCGAAAAACAGUUCAGGUGCUAAAUGACAAAUGAAGUUUUGCAGAAUGACUGCUCACCUCCCAUUCAGUUUGUGUGGAAACAGUGUUGGUUACAUUCUGUUUGGACUAUGCAGAAAGAACUCUUUGAAUGACACUUUUGCCUCAGUGAAACCAUGCCUUCACGACGUUAAAAUGAAGUUUUGAUCAUGUAAAUAUGCAGAAUUUUCAAUGUACUAUUUCAAUCUAUUACAAAUAAAGUAUAAUUUUUUACUGUACUGAA